AUGCUGAUCGUCUACACUAUACCCUCAGUAUCUACUGAUGGUAAGUUCAAGUAAAUCUAUAUAUGAUAUUUAAUGUCACAAGCUGCGUAGUGUGUAUAUAAAUAUAUAUAAUAUUGAUAGUUUGUAUGUGUGUCUGGUUAGUUCCAAUCAUGCAGAGAUGGUGUCUUUAGUGUAUAUAUCCGAUAUUUAAAACUUCCAAACAGAUAUUUAUAAAAAAAUAAUAUGUAUGUCCACACCAAAGAGAUGUUCUUUAAUAAAAAAUAUCACUUAAUAUGCAAUUUAUGUCCCUUUUCCCAUCUAAUAGGCAUUGUUAAGUUGCAGUCACUAAUGUAUCUUAAAUUUUAAUAAUUUGGCACCAGCAUCUAAUAGCAUCUGAAAAGAUUUACGUUUUAACUUCUGCCAUUUGCUAAUUACUAAUGGCUAAACAUUGCAUUUUGGAACAUGAAAAUGAUCAUUAACGUUGGCAACCAAAAUCUUUGCAAUGAGUUCCAAGCAAGUAAACCUGUUAAAAAAAAAAAUAAAAAAAAAAUUUGCAAUUACGAUAGGAAUACUAUAGCGUUAGAAAUAGAAACAUGUUUUCCUAAUACUAUAGUGUCCUCCUCCCUAUUUAGAUUCAGGGUUCCCCCCGAAAUGAAAUUAGAAAAAAAAGAAAAAAAUAGUAUUAUUUUUAAUGCCAAGAAUCACUUGAUGCGAUUGCUUACUCCACCUCCAGUUAUGUCAUCUUACAUACAUCACGUUCUUGGUUUCUCAUCCAAUGCAAUGCUUCUCUCAGAGAAGCAUUGUGUAUGUGCUUGCCAGUUAAUCCUAUGAUCAGCAUUGGAUAACGUUCAUCGUCGACUGUCACAUAAUCGAGUCAAACACGGUCGUUGCCAUGGCAGCACCGUUUAUUGGUUGUCAGCAAGAUAGUCUGUAGAGGUGUGCUUAGCCUUGCCAUCAAUUCAUUGUUGUAUCCAGUGAACAACAAUGGUUUAGAUGUCAAAACUAAAAUGACAAACGGUCUGCACCCACACCACUUCAUUGCGAUUAAAUAGCAUGAGUACCAUUAGUGUCCAUUUAACAAUUAACAUGCCAAGAAGCCCUCGGCACUAUUUUGUGAGCAUGCAAGUGCAAAAACAUGUUCAACAAGCUACAAAAAACAAGAAAGACUCAGUCCCGUGUUCAAUACAACACACUUAGAGUCUCACAAACUAAAAUAUCCUGGUUUUCAUGGUUAUUAUUUCAAUAAACCAUACCCUGCAAUCAUGGCCAGAUUUACCAUUAGAUGAGUAGGCACCUGCCUACAGGUGCAUGUUUGAUAGGAGUGCCACGGGUGCAUACUCUGCCUGUUAAUAUCCCCUAUCAGUAUGCGUGAUUGCUGAAUUAAAGGGACACUGUAGGCACCCAGACCACUUCAGCUCAUUGAAGUGGUCUGGGUGCAGUGUCCCUGUCAGUUUACCCUGCAAUUGUAAUUAUUGCAGUUAUAAUAUGCAAUAAUUACCUUGGAUGGUUAACUUCACCUCUAGUGGCUGUCUACCAGACAGUCAGCAGAGCAGCCUCCGGGUCAAUAGGCAUCAGCUAAAACCCCAUCAGAAAGCAUUGAAUCAAUGCUUUCCUUUCGGUUGUCCUGAUGUGCUUGCAACACAGAACAUUGGCACUGGAUUCCGGUAAGUGAAUUAAGGGUUUUUAACCCGUUGAGUAUUUUGGUUGAGGGGGGAGAAGGGGCGGAAGUGAGGAACGCACUGUAUAGAGCUAAAGUGCUAGGAAUGCAAUUUUGUGUUGCCAAAAGAAAAGAAAAAGCCAAAAGGUUUGUUGCCUGAUAUCGAAACAAACUAAAUUCUCCUUACUGAUUUAAGAAUUCACAUCACCUGUAAUCUGACAGGAGUUCAGAGUAUUGAAAUCUAAAUCAUGUUUUUAUUUAUUUUGUUUUAGAUCAAAACAAAUGUUACUGUUCGAUACCGGUUUAUGGUGACAAUUUGGAAAUCAGAGAAGCAGAUGUGAGAUACAGCCAUAAAGUUGACCAUAAAGAAUGUCCAAAUCUCAGAUCUAUUGGUUCGAAUUGUAAUGGAUGCUUUCAUGAGAGUAAAACAUUAUGUGUGUAUUGCCGGGAAAAGAAUGAUGGAGAAUGCCCAAUAAUCUUUGCAGAACAAGGCAGUGGGAGAGUUGUUCCUGAAAGGCAUCAUCUGAACCAUGCAAGUAAGGAUCUUUCCUACAACAGGGGCCUGAUUUGCCAGGAAUCAGUGCAGGAGCAUAUAGGUGUUUCUAAUUUUGUUUAAAUUUGAUACAUGGUGACUGUAUUUUCUGACUGUAAUUUUUUUCAUGUACAGAUGGACAAAAUGAAUAUUGCGCUUCUAGGCUCCAAUUUGAAUCCUCCGAAUCACAGAGCGGGCAAGGUAAAAAUUCACAUUUAAGUAAGUAGGACCACCUACAGACAGGGCCAGCCUUAGACUUAGGACAUGUGUGGAAUACUUAGAAGACAUGCCCACCUUGCUCAUCAUCACUCUAUUUUUUAUAUAUUGUUUGUUUAUACAGAUAAUUAAUUAAAAACAAGUAAAAAUAAAUAAAAGAAUACUCCCUUGGGCAAAUUCUUACCAAUCCAGGAAUUGACUGAAACACAUUUACCAACCCUUGUCCUUUUAUUACUUCCAAAGGGACGGGUAAACAAAUCCCAUAAACCUAUAUUCUCCUUCAUAUCGUGUUGUGCAUUUCUCUCUCUCUUCCUUCUCCCAAUCUUCCAGCCCUGCCAAAAACUGACACAUAAAUCGAGCUCUUUCCAAACCUCUGCAGCCCCUAACCCCCUGUUACAGCCCCUGACCUAGCUUUUUAAUCCCUCAAACCCCCAACUCCCUACAGCCCCUAUCCCCCUGCUAGAGCCCUUAAAACCCACUCCACUACAGCCCCUAACCCCCAACACUCCCACCUCCCACUGAAACUCUUACUCCACCCACCCGCAGGCCCUACCCUUUAAUUAUAGCCCUUAUCCACCCACUAAGGUCUAGUGGGGAGUAGGGGCUGAUGUGUGGGGACAGGAGCUGCCCCUAAUCCACAAUGUGACACUUCCCCUACAGAUACUAAUCUUCCACAAUAGCAUCUAUCAUCCCACUAAGGGAGGAUAGAGGGGGUGGGGUUAGACGCUGUAGGGGGGGUUAGUGGCUAUACCGGGAGGGCACCAGCACACCCCUGGCACACUACACAGGGCUCCACAUCACUAAAUAUUUUAUUUUGUUAUUUGGAGCUCACUGUUUUAUUUUUGCCACGUAAUCUAUUCCUCUAUCUAUUCCUCCCCUCCUAUCUAGCCACUAAUCCUUAUGCUCUUCCUCUCACUCCCACUCAUGCCUUGCUCGCUCACCCAUCUCCCUUCUCUCUUCAGAUCAUUCCUCCAAUCAUUUCAACCCAUCCCUCCCCUACACUCAUCACGUCUUCUCGCCACAUACUCCUACCACUGCCACUCAACCAUCACUUCCUCUCGCCACAAACUCCUACCACUGCCACUCAACCAUCACUUCCUCUCGCCACAUACUCAUACCACUGCCUCUCAAGCAUCACUUACUCUCGCCACAUACUCCUACCACUGCCACUCAACCAUCACUUCCUCUCGUCACAUACUCAUACCACUGCCACUCAACCAUCACUUCCUCUCGCCACAUACUCAUACCACUGGCUCUCAAGCAUCACUUCCUCUCGCCACAAACUCCUACCACUGCCACUCAGCCAUCACUUCCUCUCGCCACAUACUCAUACCACUGCCUCUCAAGCAUCACUUACUCUCACCACAUACUCCUACCACUGCCACUCAACCAUCACUUCCUCUCAUCACAUACUCCUACCACUGCCACUCAACCAUCACUUCCUCUCGCCACAUACACCUACCACUGCCACUCAACCAUCACUUCUUCUCGCCACAUACUCCUAUCACUGCCACUCAACCAUCACUUCCUUUCGCCACAUACUCCUGCCACUGAAGCAUCACUUCCUCUCGUCACAUACUCCUACCACUGCCAUUCAACCAUCACUUCCUCUCGCCAUAUGCUCCUAUCACGGCCACUCAACCAUCACUUCCUCUUUCCUUCUCUCCCCAUCCUCUGAUCCCUACCACCUUACUCAACCUGCUGUCACUCAAACUCAUCCCUUCUUCUCUGCAACCUUCAAUCAUUCCCUCCAUGUCCACUUCUAUCACACCCACAUAUUUACCUAUUCUUAUCACUCCCAUUCCAACUUCCAUUCUCACUUACUGCCUACAUGCACUAGCCCUCCCAGCUACCCAUACAUGUGUAGCUGAGUAGCUAUGUGUGAGUACAUACGAGUAAUAUGUUUAGGUAGCUUUUAGGGAUGUGUGUGGCUGUGAUGGGAAUGGGAGUGAUAAGAAAACCUACAACCACACAGGUACAAAUACAACACUUACAGCCAUCCCACACCUAUGCAAAACAAAGUAACCCCUGGCACACAGCCUGCUAAAAAUUAUUCCUGCGUGCACACCUUACUGAAAUAUUCUGCUCAGCCUGUGGUUACCAUUAUUUAUAGGUGAUUUUAAAAGUUUUAUUCCAUGGUGAAGAGAAGUAAGGCACAUUUUUUUAAAGGAACAAUUUGAGCACCAUAACAACUUAAUUGAAAUUUAGUUGUUAUGGUGUCAUGAUGCCUUUGGCGCUGUCUCAGUCCCUGGCGCUGAAUCUCCCUGCUUUUCUGCCCUUCUAAAUAAAACAAAACUCUUGCGGAAUCAAGAAGCCGUGCCGCUGAUUGGCUGAGAGAGGUCAACUGACGAUGUUAGCCAAUCAUUUAAUCCCAAUUCAUAAAAUUGUCUUGAAAGAAAUAUACCUUGUUCAGGCCAGUUUCAUGAAUGGGGAUUCACUGAUUGGCAUGGAGCGUCAGCUGACCUCUCUCGGCCAAUCAGCGGUGCCACCGCCGGAUUGUGCAAGUGCUUUCCGAGUUAGAGAUUUUUUUUAAAACAGAAGGUCAGACACAGAGAUUCUGUGCUGGAACUUUGGUGUUAAAACAGUCAAGAAGGUUAAACCUCUUAAGGUGAGACAGUGCCAAGGACCUUCUGACACUUUAACAACUACAUUUAAUAAAGUUGUUAUGGUGCUUUAUUGAUUCCUUUAAUGUAAUUUUUUUAAAAAAGAUAUAUUUCUAAAAUAAAAUAACCCCCCCCCCCAAAAAAAAAAAAAAAUGAUUACAUUGAUUUCUCUCUCAAUUUAGAGAAUAAGAACUCUGGAUCAAAAUACUCUGCUGGGUCAAAAGAGCAAUCAGCCUCAUUUUUGCUGGUGAUGGCGAUAACUGUGGUAACUGUUUUAUGGAUUCACUGGUAAGGAAUCUGUUACUUGUAUCGUUCACUUCAAAUAUAGUCAAGAGUAGUACUACAAUGGCCAUUUGAGAACUAGUGAGUAGAGUUGAGCAGACACCUGGAUGUUCGGGUACGCCAGAUUCGGCCGAACUUCGGCAAAAAGUUUGAGUUCGGGACUUGAACUUGACCUGAACUUGACCCCGAACCCCAUUGAAGUCAAUGGGGACCCGAACUUUGGGCAUUAAAAUGGCUCUAAAAAAGUCCUGGAAAGGGCUAGAGGGCUGCAACAGGAAGUAAAAUGUAUUGCCUAAGUACUAAUAUACUUACCCAGUGGAAGAAGAAUGUUACACUGUAUACAAUUUUAAAUAAAAAGUAUUCAAACAUAGCCAGGAUUCAGCUGUAAGCAUUUGCAACACUUACAACAAUCAAGUAACACACAUUCAUAUAAAAUGUAAGUUACUUAGCCAGUCAAUGUAAUGACAGGAAUGAAUAAGUAGAUAACUCCCUAAUUCCCACGGUAUUAGAGAGCUAUCUACGAAAAGGCUGAAAGACCUGAAUUGGUCUUUCAGCCAAAUUUACUAAUACUAAGUAAAGAUUACUUAGUAUUAGUAAAUUAUGCCCCUACUCACUAUACCGCAAGUAGGGACAUAUCUAUGAAACAGUGAGCAGCCUAUGGCUACUCACUGCUAAGAAAGAAAGUUUUCCCCCUCCUGAGCCCCUACCCCUGAACGGCGGGUGGGUCGUCCCCCCCCCGGCCCCCACCCCCGAGCGGCAGGUGUGGGCCCUAAAGUAAAAUAAUGGGGGGGGACCUAUUGUCGCCCCCCCCCGAGCGGUGGGUGAGGGCUCUAAAUAGCAAUUAGGGGGGGGCCUAAUGUCUUCCUCCCUGGGGGCCCUAAAUUAGAAUAGGGGGGCAACCUAAUGUCCUCCCCCCUGACCCCCACCCCUGAGCAGUGGGUGGGGGCCCUAAAUAAAAAUUGGGGGGGGAACCUAAUGUCCUCCUCCAUGGCCCCCACCCCUGAGCGGUGGGUGGGGGCCCUAAAUUAGAAUAAGGGGGGACCUAAUGUCCUAAUGUGGGCCCUAAAGUAAAAUAAUGGGGGGGGGACCUAUUGUCGCCCCCCCCCGAGCGGUGGGUGAGGGCUCUAAAUAGCAAUUAGGGGGGGCCUAAUGUCUUCCUCCCUGGGGGCCCUAAAUUAGAAUAGGGGGCGACCUAAUGUCCUCCCCCCUGACCCCCACCCCUGAGCAGUGGGUGGGGGCCCUAAAUAAAAAUUGGGGGGGAGCUAAAGUCCUCCCCCUGGCCCCCACCCCUGAGUGGUGGGUGGGGGCCCUAAAUUAAAAAAAAUAACCCUUCCUCCCCCAGGUGACUAGGGGUCCCCAAACCCUUAGUCACCCCCCUCCCCCCAAAAAAUAACCCCUACCUACCCCCCUCACCCUAAAAAUAAUGAGGGGAACCAUUAGCUAAGUACCUUUAAAAAAAUAAAAAUAAAAAAUUAAAUAAAACUUACCAUUUGAUGUUUUCUUUCUUCUAAAAUCUUCUUUUUUCUGCCCCCCAAAAAGGCUAAAUAAAAAUCCAUAAUAACCGACGCACUUUAAAAAAAAUAAAAAAAAAAUAAAAAAUCCAUCUUCACCCACGGAGGGCUCCGCGCAGACUGAGCUCUGCAGGGCGGGGGAAGGCUUAUAAAGCUUUGCCCCGCCCUGCAAUUAGGCUCAGAGCACUCUGGUGGGUUUAAGCCAACCAAUCAGAGUGCUCUGACAGGUAAAUGAAGAGACUGACAGGUAAUUCUCUACAUUUACAUGUCACAGCACUCUGAUUGGUUGGCUUGACAUCCACCAAUCAGAGUACUCUGUCAUUUUAUACAGCGUGGGAAAGUUCUUUGGAAUUUUCCCACGCUGUGUAAUUUGACUCAUAACACUCUGAUUGGUUACAGAGUUUUAUUUAGGGCCCUCACCCACCGCUCAGGGGUGGGGCCAGGGGGAGGACAUUAGGUCCCCACCCAAUUUUUAUUUAGGGCCCCCACCCACCGCUCAGGGGUGGGGGCCAGGGGGGAGGACAUUAGGUCCCCCCCUUAUUCUAAUUUAGGGCCCCCACCCACCACUCAGGGGUGGGGCCAGGGUGGAGGACAAUAGGUUCCCCCCCAUUAUUUUAUUUUAGGGCCCCCCAUCCGCCACUCGGGGGUGGGGGCCGGGGGAGAGGACAAAAAAUAUUUUUAACAGUGUUUAAUAGACAUUCCCCUACUAGCUUAUAUAGAGGCUGGGUCACAUGCUGCACUGGCCAAUCACAGCCAUGCCAUUAGUAGGCAUGGCUGUGAUGUCUUCUAAGGGCACGCGAGUUAAAUGCUUGUUGAUUGGCUGCCCUGCAGCUUUUCAAAACGCGCCAUUAAAUCACCAAACUCGAACCUGAACUGUUACUGAAAUGUCCAGGCUCGGGUUUGGGUUAAAAAAAUCGUAAUGUUCGCUCAACUCUACUAGUGAUGCUUGCCAAUAAACAGCUAUGUGGCGAGUCUCCAUUUUCUGCUUCUAGCAUUUAGUCAUUCUCUGUUGGAAUUCGUCAUGGAAAACUAUACUGUAGUGGACUGAAAAUUGAAUACCAUAAUUUAGUCUAGCAUAGGCCAAGCUGUGACUAUAGUUGUGUUCGAAAAUGUUUUCAAAAUAUCUAUUUUCGCAACUUAGUUUACAAUCCCCUGGAAUUCACUGUUUAGUGAAUAACCACUUAAUAUUCACUGAUACUUAGCACUCACUUAUCUCAACACCAGAAAAUGUUUCAGUCAGAUGUCUUUUUCCAGAUCCAGUACCUGUAAAUGCCAUAUUGGUGGUGGUGGUGGUAUGGGUAAACUGGUUUGAAUGUGUAAGUAUACCAGUGAAAGUGUGUGUGUGCUAGUGAAAAGGUGUGUACAUAACAUUGUGUGUGUUUGACAGUGAAUGUGUGUGUGUUAGUGAGAGUGCAUGUUAAAUUUGUGUCCAUUUCAUAUAUUGGAAGGCAUGGCCUGAAGUUGUGGGAGGGGCUAUAGACUACUUAAGGGACUCCCGCCUUCCCUUACUUACCUUCGUUGGUCUAGACAAACAGCGUGAUACUCGCCAGCUUCUUUCUCUUCCGGCUCCCUGUUGCGUGACGUCACUUCCGGUGAGAGGACAAAAAAGCGGCACUUUGUCGACGUCACACCGUGAGUACCACUGGCUCCACAGCCCGACCGGCUCUCCAGCCCGGCCCGACCGGCUCUCCAGCCCGGCCCGACCGGCUCUUCAGCCCGGCACCACCGGCUCCACAACCCGACCGGCCUCUCUCACCACCAGCUCGUUCGGGCGGUAAGCCAGGGGGUUUUUACUGGCUGGAAAGCACGGGAACAGGUACAGAGACUCCAUUAUCGUUAGGAGUCCCUGUUCCCGGCCGGCGGCUAUACUUAGGCUUAAGGGGGAAGGUUAGUUUGGGUCUUUGGGGGGGCAAACUACACGGCAUGAGCGGGAACAGGCCUCACAGACCCCUAUAUCGUUAGGGGUCGCUGUUCCCGCCGGCAUCACACAGGGAAAAGGGGGGAAGUGGGCUGGGUCGUCUGAGUAAGACCCAGUCUGCCUGUUUUGCAUAAGUUAAAGGGGGAAGGAGGGCAUGGUACGGGCCUGAUGCUGGCUGACCCUUAGUUCAGCCAUAAGAGUAUUAUACAUAUAUAUCUCAUUACAAAUGCCUUUAAUUCAGUAAAUACUGUGUUGUUCUGUAUAUACUGCUUGUAGAACUCUGGUUAAUUACAUUAUAUAUUGUACUACAUGCUUGACAAAUAUGGUAGUUAUAAUAGUAUAUGCAUUACUUACGCUGAUUAGAUAAUACAAUAUCUGCAUUGAUAGUUGUAAAACUUUAAGGUUUUAAGAUAAUUAACCCUUUUGAUGUUAAAGUACAUUGGCUACUGGUGGCAUUGUGUCUGUAGUGGGGACAGUACUCUCUGCGGUCACCCCCUAAGCGCUUACUACUUUCAGUUAUACAAUCUUAUGUAUAUGUCCUACAAGAAUACAUUAUCUGAAUUCUCAUACCUCCAGGAACCUCGAAUACCCCUAAACAGGUCAUCUAAGCUAAACCCCCCCUACUUAAGAGACUUCUGAUUUCUCUUAUACAGAAGCCAGGGCUCACUUUUGCUGCAGGUAUGUUGGUUCACGUUAUUUUCAACACGGCCGUUUAGUUAUUUUCCCUGCCCCUUAGUCCUAGCGGUCCACGAGGCCAACUCCCAUCCUCCACUUCGAGGUACUAUACGCCCCUCGGGCCAAAUCAUAGUUAGCCGCCUCGCAAAUUAUACAGGGAGUGCAGAAUUAUUAGGCAAGUUGUAUUUUUGAGGAUUAAUUUUAUUAUUGAACAACAACCAUGUUCUCAAUGAACCCAAAAAACUCAUUAAUAUCAAAGCUGAAUAUUUUUGGAAGUAGUUUUUAGUUUGUUUUUAGUUUUAGCUAUGUUAGGGGGAUAUCUGUGUGUGCAGGUGACUAUUACUGUGCAUAAUUAUUAGGCAACUUAACAAAAAACAAAUAUAUACCCAUUUCAAUUAUUUAUUAUUACCAGUGAAACCAAUAUAACAUCUCAACAUUCACAAAUAUACAUUUCUGACAUUCAAAAACAAAACAAAAACAAAUCAGUGACCAAUAUAGCCACCUUUCUUUGCAAGGACACUCAAAAGCCUGCCAUCCAUGGAUUCUGUCAGUGUUUUGAUCUGUUCACCAUCAACAUUGCGUGCAGCAGCAACCACAGCCUCCCAGACACUGUUCAGAGAGGUGUACUGUUUUCCCUCCUUGUAAAUCUCACAUUUGAUGAUGGACCACAGGUUCUCAAUGGGGUUCAGAUCAGGUGAACAAGGAGGCCAUGUCAUUAGAUUUUCUUCUUUUAUACCCUUUCUUGCCAGCCACGCUGUGGAGUACUUGGACGCGUGUGAUGGAGCAUUGUCCUGCAUGAAAAUCAUGUUUUUCUUGAAGGAUGCAGACUUCUUCCUGUACCACUGCUUGAAGAAGGUGUCUUCCAGGAACUGGCAGUAGGACUGGGAGUUGAGCUUGACUCCAUCCUCAACCCGAAAAGGCCCCACAAGCUCAUCUUUGAUGAUACCAGCCCAAACCAGUACUCCACCUCCACCUUGCUGGCGUCUGAGUCGGACUGGAGCUCUCUGCCCUUUACCAAUCCAGCCACGGGCCCAUCCAUCUGGCCCAUCAAGACUCACUCUCAUUUCAUCAGUCCAUAAAACCUUAGAAAAAUCAGUCUUGAGAUAUUUCUUGGCCCAGUCUUGACGUUUCAGCUUGUGUGUCUUGUUCAGUGGUGGUCGUCUUUCAGCCUUUCUUACCUUGGCCAUGUCUCUGAGUAUUGCACACCUUGUGCUUUUGGGCACUCCAGUGAUGUUGCAGCUCUGAAAUAUGGCCAAACUGGUGGCAAGUGGCAUCGUGGCAGCUGCACGCUUGACUUUUCUCAGUUCAUGGGCAGUUAUUUUGCGCCUUGGUUUUUCCACACGCUUCUUGCGACCCUGUUGACUAUUUUGAAUGAAACGCUUGAUUGUUCGAUGAUCACGCUUCAGAAGCUUUGCAAUUUUAAGAGUGCUGCAUCCCUCUGCAAGAUAUCUCACUAUUUUUGACUUUUCUGAGCCUGUCAAGUCCUUCUUUUGACCCAUUUUGCCAAAGGAAAGGAAGUUGCCUAAUAAUUAUGCACACCUGAUAUAGGGUGUUGAUGUCAUUAGACCACACCCCUUCUCAUUACAGAGAUGCACAUCACCUAAUAUGCUUAAUUGGUAGUAGGCUUUUGAGCCUAUACAGCUUGGAGUAAGACAACAUGCAUAAAGAGGAUGAUGUGCUCAAAAUACUCAUUUGCCUAAUAAUUCUGCACUCCCUGUAUAGAGAGGGCGACACCAGUCACCGCCAAAUACCCCCCCCCCGUCUACUCAUGGAGAGGCCAACGUCCCAUCACCGGUGUAGGUUACCACGCCCCUCGCGCCAACUCAUAGAUAGAGCCUCUCUAGCCACUUGGCAUUAGCAGGGCCUCACCUGCCACAAAACCUAGAAUAAUCUUUCGCCAUCUGGUACUAGCUAGCCACCUGUUAAGUCCCAACCCUGGUUACCAACAUGUCUAUUAUAUAUUUUCAGUAUGUCCAUACUCCCAGACGAUGGUGAGGAUAUGUCAAUCCCAAGCACCCCUGCUAGGUCACUUACCCCGACUCGCAAGGGCGACAUGGGAAGUCCCUCGUCCAUCAGAUCAUGGACUAUCCCCCACAUCACUGGAGAAUUACGUAAACGCAGUAUCCCCUUCCCGGCUACUGCCAGGAAAGCAGAACUGUUCAAAUUGCUAAGAACCGAUACCCUUAAUACAGACGCAGGGGAAGGCACAAGCAGCUCUCAAGAUCCGACUCUCCAUGCUAUGGUUGCCUCCCUAAUCUCUUCUAUGGGGAACGUCAACGACAGGCUGGAGAGGCUGGAAGCCCGUAGCUUCCCCGUACAGCCUCCUGGCCCUCUCACCGAAGUAAUCCCGGCCAUACCCACAGCAAUAGCGGGUAAUUCCAUAUCCAUUAAGGCAGCCGCCCACGUUAUUAAGCCUGCCCACAUGGUUAAAAAGGACACCCUGGAAAGCAAGGCCGUUAACUUAGUCUCACUGCUCAUUGCCUCCCAGGAUAUUGUGGAAAACCGGUCUUACGACUACGGGGACAUCUCGUGGUGUUAAAAGCCAGAGCCCCCAGACUCAGUAAGAAACUGGCCAUUCCUGAUUUUGUUCUGGCCUUCGGUAUCUUUAGAGAUAUUCUAUGCACGGUUCAUCCCCAUAGGAGGGAGGAACUGGAUCUAUAUAUGCAUAAGCUGGUGGACCUUGGUAAUAAGUAUGGUGGCUAUACUUUUUACGACUAUCACAAGUCCUUUUCAUCAAAAGUGUCUGCCACAUUGUCCCAGUACGGCAUCCAGAUGGAUUGGAGCCAACUGGACAAUGAACUAUUCCUCAGACAUUUCACUGGGCUUAGGACACCAGCUUGUGCCAUAUGUAUGUCACCCGCUCACGCAGCUAAUUUUUGCCCUCUCUGUUCGGACAGUGCUCCCGGCUCAUCCUUACAGCAUCCCCCAAGGGCUGAGAACAGACCAGAGACAAACUGGGUCGUCCAGUAGUGUACCUAGGCAAAUCUCAGAUUUGCAAUAAUUUCAACGAGGGCUCCUGCGGUUACAGCGCCUGCCGCUUAUUACACUUAUGCUCGCAUUGUUUCAGGGCACAUGCGAAAUCUAUGUGCCCUAAUAAAAUGUACCAGAAACCUUAUUUGUCUCCGGUGAACAUUCCUGUGCUUGCAUGUAUGCUGUCCACUCACCCCUCCAAACACCUCGUUGAAUUUUUAUGUACAGGUCUCACCCAGGGUUUUCACACAGGGCUCAUUUACAUGCCAACAGGGGUAUUAGAGUGUCACAAUUUACAGUCUGCCACAAAUCACCCUACUGCAGUCACCACAUUGUUAUAACUGGAAGUGGAUCAGGGAUUUGUCAUUGGGCCUUUUGGUAACCCCCAUUUUUCCAGCUGGAGAACUAACCUUAUUGGGCUGGUUUCCAGCAAAAAUUCUGAGAAACUAAGACUCAUCAUUGACUUAUCCGCACCCCACUCCUCAGCCAUCCCCAGCCUAAACUCAUUGAUUCCAUCUGAGGAAUUUUCCCUACAAUACUCCACUAUUCCACUAUUCCACUACAAUACUCCACAGAUCGGAAGGGUUGGGGGCUUGGCUUAGCAAGACGGAUAUUGUGAAUGCUUUUAAAUUAUUACCUAUAGACCCCACUUUGUGGCACCUGCAUGGCGUUAAGUGGCAAGACGCUUACUACUUUUUUACAAAGCUCACCUUUGGGGCCAAGAGUAGUCCGAGGAUUUUUGACACGUUCACAGAAGCUUUGUGUUGGCUCCUCCUCAAUACCUGCAGGUGCCCAAAUGUGAUACAUUACUUAGAUGAUUUUCUUUUCAUAGAAUCUAAUUCCAACCCCCUAUGUAGUCUAGACAAAGCAGUCAAACUAUUCACCUCCCUUGGUGUCCCCGUGUCACCUACUAAAACCGAAGGACCAGACACAAUUCGACCGCUGACCUCCAGAUGUGGUACAAAUUCCUCUCGGACUGGAAUGGGAGGAGCAUGUUCCUCCCGCAGAUUGAUUCGUAGUCACCGGUCAUUUGGACAGACGCGGCAUCAUCCGCGGGAUAUGCGUCCAUUUUCGGCACAGCAUGGCUCUGGGGGACCUGGCCUACAGAAACACAGGGCAUUAAGGGUUUUCACACUAACUCAGCCCUAUUUGAAGUAUACCUGAUAGUUGCUGCAGCUGUCACUUGGUGUAGGUUAUGGAAAGGUCAGUCCGUACGCUGCUUUUCUGACAACCUGGCAAUAUGCCACAUUAUCAAUAAGGGUCACUCUUCCUCCUUGGCGAUUAUGAGUUUCCUUAGGAAACUGACGUGGCUGGCGGCUACUCAUCAGUUCCACAUUGUAUGCUCUCAUGUUCCUGGCAUAUACAACACGGCAGCUGACCAACUAUCUCGCUUUCAAUUUCAGGCUUUCAGACUGUCCCUACCCUCGGCAGCUCGUGUAGCAACUCCAGCUCCAACUUUCCAAGCCGUAGCACACAUAAGGUUUGCAAAAUAUACAGUUCAAACUUACUGUGUGUGUCAAAAAGGCAGAAAAAAAUCUUACCACUACACUUGACAAGCUAGCGAAAAAUUAUCCCACGCUAAGGUUCAAAAUAUGCCUUUUCAAAUACCCUUGGGUGUCUUCUUUAAGAAAUAGUAUGCCUUUUUGGGGUAGUUGGAAAAAGCAGCCUGCUAAAAUAUUUAAAAAUAGAAUACGGACCCAUCAAAACUAUCUAUGAAAAUUCACACUUAAAAAUCUGAAAUUGACAGGUCUCUUUUACAGCACUGUAACUUCAGAAAAUCGUGUCUAGGUCAUACAUUGGGCAUAUUAUUUUAUUCAGAAGAGGUAACUGAGCAUACGUAAGGGGAAUUUAUGACCGUGGCACUUAUCAAAUGUACGAAAUACCCAGCGAAAUGCAACAUAUACGUAAAAAAAUCUAUAUUUUUUUUCUCAACACAAAAUUUGAAAUAAAUUGGUGAAAAAAUGGUAGCAAGUUAAGAUAUAAUGUAUGCCUAAUAAGAUACCCUGUAGUGUCUGCUUUCUCAAAUGGAAGGCCUUUUGUGGGGUUAUUUUAACAGUCAAAUGGCUUUAAUGCCACAAAUUCAGACAUAUGACCAUCUAUGAAAAUUCUAACUAUAGAAACUGAAAUAGCAUGGUCUCCUAUAUGGCAUUGUAGCUUCACAGAAUAGUGACAAAGGCAUGCAAUGGGGGUAUCAUUAUACUCAGUAGAUGUAGCUGAACACAAUAUGGGUUUCUGUGCAGGAAUAGCACACACCAGCUUUACGAAAUACACAUUACAAAAACCUUGUUACAUGUGUAUAUGCCAAAAUAGACACAAUUUUACGCCAAUCUUCAGAGACUGGCGGUGAAAUGGUUAUGUAAAAAGUGUCAAAAUAACCUUAGGUAAGUAGCCUGUGAUGUCUACUUUAUAUAAAUAUAUACAUUUGUGUGGUAAUUUUGUUUUCUGUGAUGGCUACUAAACCUACAAGACAAACAGCUUCUAAAAUUGUUUCACAUUAACAUUUUAUUUUAGUCCUUGUAUUUUGUGACCUGUAACUUUCAAAAUAAUUUUAAAUCCUAUACAUAUGAUGUACUCUAUAAAUCAAGACACAUAGAUUAAUUUAUUUUGAAUAACUUUUCCUAAGCUGGACAUAUUAUGCACAAGCUAUUAUUGCCAAAAUUUGGAAAAAAAAAUAUUUUUUUGGUUUUCUUUUUCCCAUUAUUUUGCAUUUUUUUUGUAAAACAUGAUAAUUUAUAUAUGUAUAUGUCACACCAAAUUAAAGCCAUUUUUGUUGUCUAAAAACGGUAUAUAAUAUGUGUUGGUACAAAAAAUGAGUGAGAUGCAAAUUGCAGUUGAACACAAACAGCAGAACAUGCAAAAAUUGCUGUGUCCUUAAGGGGUUAAAGACACAUUGAAAUAAAUAUUGUUGUAAAGCUCUGGGAUUUACUCAUACACAAAACAAUCCCUGGGAAAAAACGGUCACAGAGUAAGCAAACAGUAAUAUAAUGUUUUUUUAAUUUAAUGUAUAAUUACCUUUAAAUAUUACAAUAUAUGAUAAAUAUAAUAUAUGAUGAUCUAUGUAAGGAAUGGACAACAUUCUUUUUGUGUGAUGGGGACAAAUUGUCAUCCCAUUGGUCAAUACACAUAGCUUAAAAUAUAUUUAGUAAUUUACCUAAUGUUACCUACUGUUUUUUUUUCUUCUUUUUAAGCAUUUAGAAAGUAAAAAAAAAUGAAUUCCAAGGCAGCUGAAGAUGUAAUAGUUGCAUUCUUGGUCUGGAGAAAAGUACUACUUCCAUUGACUUCAGUGUCAUUCCUUUCAAUGAGAUGCGUGGAGUAUAUCUCAAACCCUGGAGACCCAGCUAAUGUAUGACAGAUUGGUUUCUUUUAAUGAUGUCUGUUUUUAAUGUCACUUGCAUGUUUAAAAAUAGGCCAUGAUUCAUGUUUUUCUUGGUGCACCUGAGUUGACUUGAGCUGUCAUUAUUCCUGGCAGAAUCAACGAAAUAGGACCUUAAGGUAUUUACAAAAAAAAAAAAAAUACAAGUCACUUAAAUUUAUAUUAUUCAUUGUUGGAGAAUCUGAACAGCACAAAUCCAGAUAAUCUCAUGCAAAGUGAAUUUGCAUCUCCUUUGAAGGUACACUCCACACACCUAAAUAAUUUCAGCUAGCUGAAGUGGUUUAUGUGUGAAGAGUGUGUCCUCUUUUUCAUGUUACAAAAAGUGCAGACUUCAAUAGAAACUGUUACUUUUAUAAAUUGACCUUGUUACACACCCCUAUGUCUUUCAUUCAGACAACUGGUUCUGUUACUUCCUGGUUUGGUUAGCUCAGUGGAGCUUAACUCAAGAGGCAGUAAUUGCCCAGACCAGCUACACUGCAAGGACUUCUGAUUGAGAUGCAUUGGGAAGUCUUUGAUUUAACAGCCAUACAAAGUCUGGGCAGGGUUAGAAGGGGAAGGCUUGCAAAGGCUUCAGACAAGAGAUCUGCAGCUUUUGCAGUCUGUUAUUAGACAUACUCCCAAUGAAAAAAUGCAUAAUUAUAAGUUUGCAUGUUUUCAUUAGGGGAAAAAUAUAUUAAAUAGUUUUUUUGGGGGGUUGGGGAGUGGAGUGUUCCUUUAAGAAAUUCACCAUGGGUGAAACUUAAGUCACAAGAUAUUUUCCAAGUCCACCAUUUGUUUUUUAUCCAAAUAAUGAGCAGAGUCAACUCAGGUCAUACUCAAAUUACACUACAGUCCCUCUUUGUUUUUUUUAACACGAUUUCCGACUUUAAAAAUGGUUUAGUGAAUAAACAAUAUAUCACAAUUGUACUGUAUUCAAAAUAAUAAUGUAAACGGUCAUUGAUUGAUUUUCAAUACUGUAAAGGAUGUUUCAAAUUAAGAUUCACUGUAGAAUGACAUCACAUGAUCAAUCUGUGUAUACAGCAGCCAUAUCAUUUGUUUAAACUCUUAAGAACCAAUGACAUAAUACUAUUUCAGAGCAAACCAGAUCCUGUAUAAAAAUGUAAGUCCCACUAAUUUAAUUGGAUUUCAAAAGCAAAGUAAGGGUAUUCUAUACUGGUGUAGUUUCUCUUUAGGAUCAAAUUAUGAAUGGGAUUCUUAUAUGGUUGAACAUAUGCAUUGCUAUCCUUAAAAUGUGUACCAAUAUAAGUAAGAGAUUUUAUGCUAUAGCUUUUAUAACUUCAGACUUUAUUUUCUGCUUUUUUUGUAUUCUAUUAAGUUUUAUUUUUUUUAUUUUUUUUUUGGAGGGGAGGUUUUUCACUACAAAGUGAAUUGUGAUAAUUUUUUAUUUAGGCCAUAUUAACUGACUUUGGAAAACUAUAACCUGUUGUGAGUUCCUAACAGCUAAUUUUAAAAACACUAAACUAUCAAGGCACAGUCUGGCAUCUGAUGUAAAUCCUUAUGGCUCCCAUGAUGCCAUGCACAUAGGCCGUGAAGACACGUGUGCUGCACAGCAUCAUGGGAGCAAUAUAUGACUGAAUAUGUAUUCAUAUAGCAAUAUCGUGGCAGAUGUCUUCAAAGGAUGCAACUGUGCCGAGUAAAUCUUAUGAAGAUAUCAAAACCAGAUUCCACAAGUCCUGUGGACAUAAUCUGCAUUCUUCACUCAAAGAUACACUUCAAUACCAACAAGUUUUCUUGAUUUGUGCCACCAAUGCGGAGCUGACUGUUCCUCAUUAAAAACAAUUUUUUUAACUUGCAAAAAAUACUAGAUACAUUUAUAGUACUAUAGUCCUUCAACCCCAUCCAUUAAAUCACACCAUAGGCUGCCUAAUAGACGUCCAUGCUGCAAAGAGUAUUAUGCCUAUUUAACGCAUCAGGGAUAUGUGAAUGGGCAUUUGUAUGUUUAUUUUGACCUAACUGUCUAUUUAUUGAGCUCAGGCAUUAAAAGUAGCAAACACAAAGUAAUAUCCACGUUUCUCUGCAAAUCAAUACAUAGAAAUUAAAAAGAACAGAAUUGACUUGGUUUUGUUAUGUGCAUUAAAAUACAAAGCUCAUUAGCAGACUUGCUUUGUAACUCUGUUUAUGUAGGAAUUGUCAGUAGUAGUCUAUUCCUGGAUUAGUCCAUAAACCUGUCUGUUACUUUCUUAAAAUGUGGGUACUAAACUAAUUUGUGGUCAUUAGACACAAUUAUUUAUAUACAAUGUGUACAUACAAUAUAUAUGGGUUCGAAUCCCCACCUUCUGCAAUAAACGCACAGAGAUUUGGUGGAACAAAACCAUCUUUAGAGAGAUAUAUUAUUUGGAAUUUUAUAUAAGCGAAAUGGAAUUCCUGUUCAAAAAGCUAAAGUUAUCUUUGAAAGACUGCAAGAACACUAAAAAAAAUAAUAAUUAUUAUAAUAAUUUUUCCUAGCUGUAGCAUUAAUAAAAUGCAAAAAAUAAAAUUCUUAGAUCCAGAGGUUCAUUAACCUACAUGUAAAAUAACAUAAAAUGUUAAAAAAAAAUAAUAAUUCUAUUGUACUUUUGUAUAUUACUUUAUCUGUUGUUGUAGGCUUACUUUAUAAAAAUAUCUCCGCUAAAGGCUUAAGGCAGUGGAAUUAGAAAUCAUCGUAUAGUGAUUAUUAGUAGCUCCACACUGCCCUCUAGUGCUUUGCACGGAUAAAAGCAAAGACUGAUUAAAAUGAGAAUGGCACUAAGCUAUCAGCCUGCAACGUGGAAACAUUCGACUUCGUGUUAUGUAUUUACAAAUUAAAUAAAAAUAUACUUCCUAGAGAAUGUCCCCUCCUCCCAUUCCAUUACGAAAUGGAAAUCAAAAUUUACUUCAGGUAAAUCCCUCCAAAAGACAUAUUAAUAUUAUAUUUACUUAUUUCCCAUGUUUAACAAAUGUGUCUAUGAGAUGUGAAAAAAAAAAAAAAAUUAGAGACCCACACUUCUUUAUUCUGUGACUGGACACCUCCAUCUUAGCUCCCUGUCAAUCAUUGCUAUAAGCUCUGUCCUUUGCACCUGGCAGUCAGCAUACAGAAAGUAUUGUGGCAAAGAUGAAUAUAAUUGAAAAAAAUUUUCCACUUCAUUUGUAAUUUGUGUCCUGGCUGUGACUGGACUGAAUGAGAUGAACAGUCCAGUUUACUGUUGUGCACCAGAGUUGCAAUUCAUCACUGGUCUCCUCUCCAGGGAGAUGAAAUAUCUUGGCUUAUGUUUUGCAUGUAACAUGUGCACUUGUAGCAUGCACAACAUGGAAUAAAUUGGACUCAGUGAGCCUGAAGGGACUAUUCCAGCUGCCUGACAGGCUUAUUGGAAGGUCUGUAUUAUAGCUGCAAUGAGAUUUACAGAUUGCUGAAGUUCUAAGUCACUUUCAGAACUAAACGUGCAUGCAAGGUGCUUUCUGCAUACCUCCGAACUCUGGAAGCCCUCCUGGCUAUCAGCUUGACCACCAGGGGCAGUUUUCCCAAAUUAUUCUAUAGCAAAUUCCCAAAUUAUUGUAUAUCAAUUCAAAAGAGCGCACAUUUCUCUUCAAAUCAGGAUUUUUUUUUAUGACAAGUUAGGCAUGUAAUUAAAAUCUAAAUCACUUCAAAUGUUUCUUAUUGCACGGUGUGUCUAAUGUCAAAGUUCUCAUCUCCUGCUCUGUUAUUGUCUGGUAGAGCCUACAAUUACCAGGCAGGAGAUACAAAUUUCUAAAUUAAACACACUCUGCUGUAGAAAUUAAACUUUUUUUCUGCUUUGAGGCUGUGUAAGUCUCAGGCAGAGUGGGGUGGGGGGAAGAGGAGAAUUAGGUUGACAUAAACAAAGUGUUUUUACUCCUAAACUACAAAAAAAUUGACCUAAUGCAGAUCUAUGCACCAAAACUGUUUAAUGAAGCUAAAGUUGUUUUGGUGCAAUAGAGUACAGUAAGUUAGCUAUUUACUAACCUUUAAUGAACACAUAUUAUCUCUGCAGCAUUUAAGAUAAAUGUGAUUGGCUGGACUAUUGCACCAUUAAUUUUCCAUAGAAUUAGUGAAGCAAUGGAAUUUGCUUAAACACAUUUGCGUCAACAUUAUAAAACAACUUUUCACAGCCAGGAUUAUCUUUCACAGACAAUGAUCAUGAUCUUGACCCAGGUGGGGUCUAAAUGUCGAUAAUGAUUUUCACCACUUGAAAGUUUAUUUCAAUAAAUUUGCACCUUGUUGGGAAGAUCUGAUAGUACACUAACUUUUCAUUAGACUUUCUUCCUAAAACUACAUUAAUAGAAACAGAAAGUUCAUUGGCUGAUUUCUAUUUCAGACAAGUGGUAAUUCAUUCUAGUUAAGAUAUAUGAAUCAAUAUUUAUUUAUACCUUAUCUAUAUUCAGUCUUUUUUCCCCUAAAUCGAGGAAUGUAAAAUCAUUACAACAAACUUUAUAUUGAAGAAGAAGAAAGUUAGAAACACUUUAACCCCUUAAGGACCAAACCUCUGCAAUAAAAGGGAAUCUUUACAUGUCACACAUGUCAAGUGUCCUUAAGGGGUUAAAUGAUCGUUAUUCACAGCUUAAUAUGAAGUGCAUUAAAUAUAUGGGGUUUAUUCAGUAAAAUGGAUAUUGUGGGGAAUUUACUAAUACAUGAAAUUAUAGGCCGAGAGAGUUGAAAUAAAAUAAAGUUACGAGUUGCUCGUAAGUUGGAGAUUUUUCUCAUCUGCCCUGAUUUGUUUUAAAAUUUACAAUGACCAUUCUCCGGUAAUACGAUUUCGAUUAAAACAAGUCUUCUUAUAUUAUUAACCCCUUAAGGACACAACUUCUGGAAUAAAAGGGAAUCAUGACGGAAUAUUUCCGUCAUGUGUCCUUAAGGGGGUUAAUAUACAACAAAAUACUCUUUACCUACUUAAAUUGACACUAAACAUUUAUUCAGUGACUAAGGCUUGCUAGAUAGGGAGUGCAAGCUACAUUAAAACAUUAAAUAAAUAUUUUUUAUAUAUUAUGUUAAAAAAAUUAAUUUACAUUAAAUGCCAG